GUGGGUACUCAGCCACAGAAAGGAAAACAAACAGGAGAAAGACGAAGAGGGAGAGAGAUGGAAGAAGCGGAGGGAGUGGUGAAGCACGUAGUGCUGGCCAAGUUUAAAGAAGAAAUGACAGAUGAUCAAAUUGACCAACUCAUCAAAGGCUACGCUGAUCUUGUCAAUCACGUUGAACCCAUGAAGUCCUUCCACUGGGGCAAGGAUGUGAGUGCUGAGAAUAUGCAUCAAGGAUUCACCCAUGUCUUUGAAUCUACUUUCGAGAGUACAAAGGGAGUUGCAGAGUAUGUAGCUCAUCCUGCUCAUGUUGAUUUCGCAAACAAGUUCUUAGCAAGUACGGAGAAGGUCGUUGUGAUCGAUUACAAACCUACUACUGUCCGUUCUUGAAUUGGAUGAGUACAUCAUACUAUGAUGAAUUAUCCUCUUUGAAAGGAUGGUUUGUGUUGUGGAAACAUCUUGGGUGAUUUGUGUAUUCCAUAAAUAAUGGCAAAUGAGAUUGUUGGAAAUAAGUUGUUACUUCCUGACUUGUUUUGGUUAGCCUAUGUUUGAGCUAUUUGACAUAUCUGUGGUGUAUAAUUUGUUUUACACAACGCUCCUA